ACACCAAACUAACGCUCUUCCCCUAAUUCCCAUUUCAGCAAAGGCAAAACGCGACCAUCUCAAGGCGAAAAACGCACUCACAUCCAUGGAACGGCUCAAGCCGUCCAUCAAGGUGGAGGAAACGCUGCGGGGACAAAUUGCCAAAUUUCUACGCGGCAACGACUCCAGUGAGGACUACCAGAUCGAGUUCAUCGACGAUUGCGACGAGCCGGCGGAACAACAACCGCAUCUCGCGCAGCCAGCCGGAGCUCCCGCCGGGAAGCUGAUCACGGUGACCGGGUUCAACUUUCCCAUCGCCGACGAGGACACAGUCGAGCUGCUGGAGGCCACCGUGAACGAGGACGAGGUGGUGCGGAAGGAAUAUAUCAGCUUUUUACGCCAAAAGAAACCAAAAUACGUUGGGAUUUUGAACGUGUUCCACACCCUGUUCCUGGACGAGGCCAUGUACAGUUAUAAUUUCUCAGGGAUUUGUAAUCGAGGUCCGGGUCGAAAGGCGAUGCAAAACUACAGCAUCUUUGUUGACUGUAUGCUAGAGGCCUGGGCAGAUCACGGCAUCGAUCGCUCCAGUCUGAAGGACAGCCUGAACCAGAUCAUCAAAAAUAUCAACGGGCGCAAGCGCAACCGAAAGUACUUCGCUAAACGAAAAGUUGCCAAAAUCGCAAGUCGUCGGUAGUUUUAAAGUUCGUGUAACCUGAAGCCAUGAAUUGAUUUUGUUCAAAUUAAAAUUUUCACUAAAGUACAAAUUUAUAAUCUAUUUUUCUCAAUCUUUUGUUAAAGUUGAGGUCGAAAAUAAAACGUCAAGGAAAUCCGCAUGUUCC